UUUCGUGCAGUCUUCACUAUCUUAUCUCUGCUCAUCAACCCUCUGGUAGCUCGAAAUUUUCACUACUUCCUAACUACGAGUACAAGUGUCAUGCCUCUCAGUCGCUUUAGCUACAAGGUUCUAAAUGAGAACCUGCGCGAGUUUCGGCUCCUCACAGUUCAGCCACGAUCGUCCCUUGACGAACCCAUUUAUGUUUCAAUAGAGAUACAUAAAUUAUCGGCUCCUCCACCUUAUGAGGCUUUGUCUUAUGUAUGGGGCGCUUCCGCCCCAAACAAUCCUCCCAUCGUCUUAAUUGGGGAGGAGGAGGGACUUGAAGUCACCCCAAAUCUAUUCUAUAUACUCAUGAAACUCAGUCUCACGGAAAAGGAGCGAGUGAUGUGGAUUGAUGCGAUUUGUAUCGACCAAGAUGAUCUGGAUGAAAGAUCAUCGCAGGUGCAACUUAUGAGGGACAUAUACAUGAAGGCUACGAGGACUAUUGUCUUUCUUGGGGAUGAUUCUCUAGGAACCCACUGGAUUCUACCUAUUCUUAAGGAGAUAACCUGGAGUCAAACUUGGAAAACCGAUGAGGAGAGACAGGUUCGAAUUGAAACAAAGACAAAAUUUCAGCAACAACUGUCAACCACGCGUGGGGUGAAGGGGAUGCUCUCAGAGGGGUUUUAUGGUGAUAUUGCUACUCGCCCAUUUUGGACCAGGAUGUGGAUUGUCCAAGAGGUUGUAUUGUCAAGAAAUCCAAUCAUCAUGUUUGGUGACCACGAGGUGCCCUGGGAUAGCUUUGCGGAUAGCAGUUGGAUAUUGGAUCAAGUUACUUGGAAGGUGGAAUAUUUCCAGAAGUACAAAGAUAGUCGCACAGAAAGUAGCCCGACGACGAGAAACUUUAGAGAGCCACGCCCAGUGGAGGCAUUUGUGCGAACGCUUUUUGCAGAUCGGGACUCGGAUUUCCAACGCAUAAGCUUAGGUCAUUUUGAAGAGUUCUGGACGAACCCUCCCGUGAGCAAAUCUACAUGGCCCAUGGAGGUUUAUUCCAUGACUUUUGCAACGAAUCGCCGGUUUUUUGUUACCUGUGAUGGAGAGAUGGGCCUUGCGCCUAUGAGGGCACGAAAAAAUGACAUCGUUUGUGUGCUCUACGGUUGCUCUGUGCCUAUUGUCUUAAGGGAGGAAGAAACGGGAAGGUUUACGUUUAUCGGAGAGUGUUUUCUGCAUGGUUUUAUGGAUGGUGAGGCU